CCCAGCAGCUCGCGUAGCAGCAGCUGCCACAGGCCACCGUCGCUCCCGCCUCCUGGGCUGCUCCUCCCCGCAAGUCCCGCCGCCUGUCCCCGCCUCCCCCUCCCUUCUCGGCCGUCGGCCCCCGGGUUUCCUGCUGCUGGCGGAGGCCGAGGGAGAAGGUGGCGGUGGAGGCGGUGGACGGAGAGAAAACGCCGCGGAGCGGGAGAAGCGAGGCAGCUGCUGCCCGCCCACCCCAGUGAGUCCAGCGCCGCCCCCACCACCUCCUCCUUCAGCGUCUCUGCCCCUUCCCUCCCCCCAGCCACCUACCUCCCCCAGCAGCCGGGACAAUAGCGCAGGGAGAUGUCCUCCUCCGGCGGCCACCAGCACAGCCAGAGCCGGGCCAUCCCCACCAGGACGGUGCCCAUCAGCGACGCCACGCAGCUACCUCAUGACUAUUGCACCACGCCCGGCGGGACCCUGUUUUCCACCACCCCUGGAGGUACCCGAAUCAUCUACGACCGUAAAUUUUUGUUAGAUCGCCGCAAUUCCCCCAUGGCUCAGACGCCACCAUGCCAUCUCCCAAAUAUUCCAGGAGUCACCAGUCCAGGUACCACAGUUGAGGAUUCCAAAGUGGAAGUAAACAAUCUGAACAAUCAUGACAGGAAGCCUGCAGUGGGGGAUGAUGCUCAGUUUGAGAUGGACAUCUGAUUGCCCCAGAGCGUAACCAUGGAGAGGCAGCAAUUCCUGAUACCUGUGCAUACCCGAUUCUGCUAAUAGGAUCAAUAACUGAAAGGUGGAAGAGGAGGCGGCGGCGGCGGCAGCAGCAGUCUCCAUUAGACUCCCCACCUCAUCUUCCAAGUGCCAAAGGAUAAGAAGACUAGCUCCCCCAACCCUUCCCCUCCCCUUUGUUUUUAACCCCCAUCUCCCUGUUCUGUGACUGAAUGGAUGCCCUUGUCAAAUUGUACAGAGCUGAGGAACACGCCGAGUGGAACCUUGGCAUCUCGCACUUUAGAGGCAACCCGUCAAACCGUACACAAGCGAGAACGUACCUCCAUCACCAAUUGGAUAUUUAUUGCAAAUAGCAAAGGGGCCAAGGACUGGUGAAUUUAUGCUCAGUGGAGAUGAUAUUUUGCCUGUAUCCUUCCCUUCAGCCUCAUCCCAACUCACAAAGGGCUUGUGUGCACACAGCAAGUAACCGAUUGUAAUAAGGUGUCUCAAAUACUUUUGAUCACUCACAUUUUAAAAAUUGCAAGGAACAGUGAGAGAGAGGUAAGAGUCUCUGCUCAGUAUGAGUUUCUUUUCCUCAGUGGGCAGAGCACUCACUUAGGUAACUCUGGGGGGCCCUGGUUUCUAGUCCCACUUGUGACCUUUCUCCAAGACUCUGUGUGCCCCACAAUAGUAACAUGUUUUCUCAUCUGGAGAAGCAUAAUCUUAAUUCAUCUUGUUCCUGCACCUCCUUGAUUUUCUCCUCCCUUCCGUCCUCCCCUGUGCCCUCAAACUUCCUUUGGAUAAUAUUUCUUGAUCUUAUGUAUAUUUAGAGGAGCAUGUCAGUUCAUUAUAUUGCUACUUCCUCCUCUUUCUUUCUCUCUUUCCAUCCCAGAAGCAUGUCACCCAAAACUACUUUCAAAAAUUUAACCCUUUAUUCCCUGAGUACUUUAAGUCCAUCGAUGCUAAAUCAAAACGUUUUUUUCUGGCCUAUCAGAGAAGGUUUUAUUUUAUUUUAUCUUCAGGACUUCCUCCUUUUGCCUGUUAGUUUCUCCUGAUUUCUUUGCUAUUUUACCCUGUUGUCUAUUCAUAUUGAAGGUAUUAGAGUAAUGGUUAAUUUCCAACAUCCCUUACCUCUUUUGCAUUAGGAACAGUGUUUUGCCCACUAACAGUUUUAAUGAAAACACUUAAUAUUGAAACCUUAAACAUUUAUUAAUACCUUCCAUCAGAAGGGAAAAAGCAAAUGUCAGCAAACUCUUUCUGAAGAACAGAGAGUCUGUUUUUCAUCUUGCACUAUCCUUCCUUUUAAAGUUCACCAUGCUACUUUUAUUCAUUAGCGCCAUUACUUUUCCGCCAAGACCCUUUGUUGGCAACUUUUAUGUUCACUGCUGGGGUGUACAUUGGCUGACUUGUAAUAUUGACCAUUUACUUGUAUGGGACAUUUUUGUUCCAUGUUUUCCAGUGCUGCUCCUGACUUGCUAAAAGGAUUAGUUGAACUAGUGUGGAUUUUGGCAAGAAUGUGGUGCUUCCGGCCAAUUCCUGUCUGGCCUAGCCUCUUGAAGUUUUUGGGAGGUUUGAUUUAGUUGCUGAGGGAAUUGCUCAAACUGUAGCUGGACUUGUUUCCCAUUACCUGUGAGUCAGAUAUUUGCAUAGUUCAGUUAUAAAUUGGAAAAGACCCUUGUUUUCUCCUUUAGUUUACAAAGGGGCACUUCACUUCUUUGCGGAAGGAAGUUUUCCUGAAAAUCUCUCCCUUUUCCCUCAUCCCUUCCAAAUGUGAAUAAUGCAGGAGCCAAAACCCUUAAUUUGCUCUCUCAGGAAUACAGUAGACUCUGUAGUGGAUGUGGAAAAUACAAGGUCUUCUUAAAGCUUGGCUAUGGCCAGAAAAGUGACAAAAACUACAUCUCUGUUUUCUAUUUAUCUUCUGGCAUUAUUCCACCUAUGUUUGGUAUGAAGGAUGCUAUAAAAAGCUCAGUUGUACUUUGUGUUUCUCAGAUCCAGUUUGCUCAGUUCAGACAUUUCUAAAGUGCACUGUGAGGUCUGUCUCAUAUAGGAAAUAUUGUUUGACCUUUUUUUCCCCUUCAUUCUGCUUCAUGUAUCACUACUACCAGUAGAUUCAGAAAUUUAGCAGGCAGUUUUGAUGAAGCAGAACAGAAUCCAGAUUUACUCUGUAGUGCUGAUAAUACUAAAAACUUGGGUUUGUCAGUGAACUAAGCAGAGGUGAUUUGGGAGAAACAGGAAAAAUAAAUGGGCUGCGAUAAGGUAUUGUUAGUCACUUUUCUCAUGCUAGAGAUACAUUUUGUUGAUAACUUCACAGCUUUAUAUAGUGCUGCACAGGGGUUCAGCUAUUUGACAACAUAUUGUGCAGCCAAAAACCUGUCACAACACUGAAAAUGUCUCCCUAAAUGUACAGUGCAGCAAGAGCUUCCAUUAUGCAACUGUCCUCUUAGCUGUUGGCUGACACAUGUAAAAUAUGGAUUACAGUACUACCCCCACAUCACAGGGGUAUUGUGAGGAUAAAUUCAUUAGUAUUUGAGUGACCAUCAGAUAACACAGAAGGAUGUCAUGAAAGUAGAGAUUGUGUUAAAAGCAUCAGCAUGUUGUGCAGUGACAGGUCUCUACUGUCUUUCUGCUUUCUCUCUUCCCCUGUCUCUUCUGGUUAUGAAAAAUGAUGACUGAAUUAAAAAUAGUGCACUCAACAAGCUCUCUCACUUUUUGUUAAUCAGUUUGGAUAAGAAAUUCUCACCUAUUUUGCUCAGGGCUGAGUCCUGUAACAUUAAUGCCCGUAAGAAACUAUUCCAGGUAGUCAUAUUGCCACACACUGUCACUUUCAGUUUCACUUUGAAUUUAGAUUUGGAUUAACCUGUUCUCUUAGCAAUCAAGUACAUCUUUGAUAGCGGCCAUGUGGAAUAGGCCUUACCUGGAAUAGGCCUAACCUAACUUCCACUUUGGUGUAAUCCUGGUUGAACAAUCAAAAUGGGUUCAGUUGUUUGAUAUUUAAAAUGGCACCAUCAAACUAAAACAUGUCCUUUCCUGUUAAUAAAAUUGAUCCAAAAUAUAAUAUAAUCUAUUUUUACUUCCAUUAAUAAUCUUGUUUACUACUUCCAGUACACUUAGCUUGGAACAUGAAAAAUGUUCAGUUACUUUACGAUUCUUAAGUCCCACAUGGCUACAACUACAGGGUAACACUUACUUACAUGCAGUCUGAAUGCUCUUGUUAAAACUGAUGGGAAGAUAAUAAAGAUGUUCAGUUUUGUAAAUGAUUUAUUUUAUUAAACCUGAAGUUUUUGGGGUUCCAGACAUUAUACAGGCCAGAUCUUUCUCUGCAUUAGGGCAGCUUUUUAUCAUCCCAUCAGUGCCCUUUUUAACCAGUGUUAGGCUACUGCAGGAUUCUCCAUGCAUCGUGAGAUGCUUAAGUGUGCAGAGCCAAUUAUAGCAGUUCGUACACUCAACUCCAUUUUGCAUCCAGCUCAGGAGACAAGGUUAGGACAACCAUUGGCUAUAGUACUGGCUUCUUGGCAGAGUUAGACUUUGUCUACACUUGCAAUAGAUUGACAAAACUUGUGGUUCACAGAUGCUUAAACAUUCUCCUCUCUAAAUGACAAAAGAUUUGCCGUGGCAAAUGCAAAUGCAAACUUUGUCAGCAGGAGCACUCUGAUGGGGGCUAGAAAUAUUUUGUCAGCAAAAGUCCUGACACAGCCUUGUUACAUGACAGUGUAGACGUACCCUUAGAUCAGCGUUUUUUGUAAGCUAAGCACUUCAGCAGCCACCCUGGAGAGAUUCAAAUGACACCCAGCAGAUUACCAGAGUGUCUAUAGCUGGCAACAUGCAUUUCUACUGGUGGUGCACAUUUGUACAUAGAUGGAGGGAACUCUGCCUUAGAGUAGCACUUAGACUGCUCUAAUCUGUGUUAUGGGUCUACCUCUGAGAUGGGGGAGCAGUUUUUUCCCCCUUGCCUAAUAUGCACAGCUUUAAUCCUUAUUUUUAACCAUUAAAAGAAACGGCCUGGACGAUGUACUGGAUUAGUGCAGGAACCUAUUUCAGAAUUUAUCUCUAACCAUAAGUAAAUUUAGCAGAUUCAUCCUAAUUCCUAUUUAUGCACUUCAUAAAACCACAACCCAGUAUGGGUUAUGCUAAAAGUGCCCUAAGCCAUUUUAACUGAAUUAAUUUUCACAAUCUGCAGAAUAGGGAUGUAAUGCUAUAGACUACAUGCACGUCCCCUUCCCCGCCCCCAACCAGUAAAUUUUUUAGCAGGUUGGCCAGCAGCCCAGCUCAGCUCUGGCUCAGGCCGGGUCCGGGACCUAUCCCCCGCUGUGGCUAUGUAUUCAAGUAUAUUAGGAGCUGGGCGUGCAGGCAGCCUGGCUCAGUUCCAGUUCACACUGGAUCCAGGACCUCAGACAUGCACACCCCAGACCGGGGUUCUGCCUCUUAUCAGGGGCAGCAGCACAGGGUGACAAGAAGCCAGUCCACAAGAGGAGCUGGUUUUUAAACUGGCUCCCCUCAUGGACUAGCUCCUGCUUGGCACCCCACACUGCUGCCAGCCCCACCCCCAGGGACUACAGAAUAGUUGACUAACCAAUAAGAAUUCAUGAGGUUACUUGACUAUUCAAUUAAUUGAUAUUUAAGAACAUAAGAACAUAAUGCAGAGCACUUUUUUUUAAAAACCAAUUCUGUGAACAAAACAGUUCAAACUAUCUGGUGCCUGGUCUACACUAAGGCUCCAGCUAACUUCAAAAUCGGUUAGCUCAACUAAUUUUAAACUAGUUGGAGGGGAGGGAGACUUCCCCGGCAUAUAGCAGACCAGUCUGGGAUAAUGGGCAGCUGCUACUCAGGAGAGGUACAGGAUGAGACUGCCAAGGGGGAUAUAGCAGUAGAGCUGAAGGCAAACUAACACAGUCUGACUCUGUGCCUGGCUCUAGCUAGGGCUUUUGGUCUUCCUUCCAUGAGUACUAAAUUUGUAUUUGGGGGGGAAAAAAAAGAUGGGGAUGAAUAUACAUUAUUGCAUCCUUUCCUCCAGUAAUGCUGCGAGCACAAAUGAUGCAGGGUGAUAGACAAUGCUAUAAGAUGGUGUCUACCUUGGUUUCAUUAGCAUUUUCCAUUAAUCUUCUUGUGGCAUUGUUCCUCAGGAAUACUAUGCCCAGAGCCAGCCUUGCCCCCCUAAACACUCCAUUGCCAAGAAGGAAAAAAAAAUCACACAUUUCAAAAACAGACAGAAAACCCCUAUUACCUCUCAAAUGAUCCACUGUCCCAGCUGGCGUGAUCAAUUAUCCCUUUCUUAGUUUUGGUUUGGUCUUUCUCAAUGCUGAUUUUAGUCUUGAGGGGGCUUCAAUGAUGUGAUUUUUUUUUUAAAGAGCAAUAGUACAGGGAACUCAAAAUCCAAGUGCUGCUUGUUUAGACUUGAUUGUGUUUAAAUUAAUUUUUUGCCCCUUUCAGUCACCUUCCUGCAUCUUUGCCCUGAGAGGCAUGCAGAAUUUUGAAAAAAGGAUCACAGCUUAUAUAAGAGAAUGGCGAUUGAUGUAGAAUAGUGACUUGUACUAUAGAAACCUGCAAUCAACAUUCACAUCUGAGAAUAAGUCUUCUCGCCUUGACUUUUAUAACCAGUGUCAAGUUUUUCCUGAUUUUGCACAGCACAGGUCACAAUGCUGGUAUGAAACCCUACUGAAGUCAGUGGGUCGCUGCACGGGUACAGGAUUCUGUCAACGGAACUGAUUACAGAAGUGUUGCUAUCUACAGCAUGGGGUGGGUAAGGGUUGUUUCCUAGAGGCAGGCUAGCAUUGACAUUAAACCUAAAGUAAUCUUUAAGCUUCUCAAAAAUAGCAUUACAUCAGCAAUUGUUGAUGGCGGUUCAUGUGCUGAAUUGCCUAUACUGAAAGCAGCAUCUCCUCUGUGUGCCUAAGCGGAGGGGCCAUAUCUGACAAUACUUGCCAGCUGCUUUAUAGUGCCAAGAGCUAUGAGAAUUACUGAUAAGCCAUUUUGCGUCUUUGUCACCUAAGGUCUCCAAAGUUUUACAAAAGUGGUGAUUUCCUUUAUAAGCUUUGAUAUCAGCAAUGGAGCACCUCUGUGACAGAACUAAUGCAUGCUUCCAUUCUGAAUUAACUCUUCUUAAUUAUCUAAUUAUUCAGCCUGCGUGUAUAUCCUGUGGACCUGUGAGUCAGUCCUCUGAAACUGACCUUGGAGAAAGGAGAGAAGGAUAAAAUAGCUUCCAGUUAUACUUUUCCCAGUGGAUGUCUCUUGCAAGAAGCAGUCUCCUUUCAGCUCUAAAUAUUAGGAGUCAAUUGUGGUUUAAUUUUCAGUUGAAUUGAGUGGUUGGUCUAAACCCCAUGCUUGGUUGCUGUUUGGGCUUCUGCACUUCUCUGUGUUAAGAGUGGCCUGUGGUGCUGUCAGAAGUGCUGCUGGUCACACAUUUAUUAUAAAUCAGGUAUAUUAGCAGAUGUAUGGGAAGCUUGCACAGCACUUUCCUUCUCUGUGCCUUCUGCUUCUCUGUCAUUGGCUAUUAAACAUCCUUCAUUUCCACUACUUAAUAGAAUCUGUGCAUGUGGCACGGAGCACGGCUCAUCUUUCCUUUCCUCCUCCCCAGUUGUCUGUGAACUGGAAAAAUCCCACAUUUUUGACACCUUGACCAUUUGCAUUCAGGUUCCAUCAUUCAGACAAGUCAGUAGUCUUGGCUUGUUUCCAUGCUGUUGAAAAGGCCAAUGUAAUUCUUGCACGUGUGUUCCUUGUGAUAUAAUACUUUAAAUUUACCAGUUUUGCCAUCAGAGGGCACUGUGAUCCUCUCUAGACUAUGAUCUUGCACUUGGAAUUGACCGUCCUUAAGGAAAAUAUGCUCCUCAUAAUUAUCUAUUUUUCCCAGUCUCUCUAUUCAUAUCUAGGAAACCUCUAAAUGGUCCCAGAAUACAGGGGCUUUUUGUUGACACUCAGAAACCAGUCUCCAAGACACAACAAAAUCCAAUCCAUUUUUUGGGAAAGCAAUCCAUCAUUUGCUCAUAGCUAAAGAAAGGAGAACUGCAUCUUUGGAGUGACAGUGUGGUUAUCUGUGUUUUUAAUUUCAUUUUUUCCACUUUUAUUUCUGAACUAUUUACCUUUUAACUCGUAGCUUUCCCUCCCAGACCCUAAAAAAUGUGAUGCUGUUCUUCACUGAUCUCCUUUCACUGCACCUGCCCUUUUUGAGCUAGUAUUCCUUUGCCUCAAUUCCUAGUGCCUGUUCUGUGUUAAUGAUCCUGCCCUUGCUUACAUGUGAAAAAUACCACUUCAUGACAAAUCAGUAUUUUUCCCCAUGAUCUGAACUCAAAUUUAGUUUUGUAGUGGGACUCACUUGGCAUCAAAGAUGCCGGGCUUGCCUCUUUUUUGAUAAGUGAUUUGCAGCACCUAGAUUUCAGUGGCCAUCUUCUAUCUGUUCUUCCCCUUAGUUGUCCAUCUAGGGAAAACACCCCUUCACCUAAACUCAUACUGGAGGUUUUUGUAAUGCCUCUUGGUGGGGAGGGAGUGAUGUAGUAAAAGGUGGGUACUCUUAUGAGGCUCAAUAGCACAUCUCUCAAAUCACCCCCUACUUCUGUCUAAAUUCAGCCAUUUCACACGGGCUUGGAAUGAGCUUUCUUUUGUGCUUAUAAAUUGAUCUAAAAUUCUGAUUCAUAAAAUUGGUGUUAUAGAAAUAAAUACUUAUUGUAGAGCAUUAUUUUAAGUUACUUGCCCUACUGUUAUUGGGAUUUAUUCUCACAUACAGUGUUUGGCAGGUUGAGAAGUAUGCUUUGAUACUUCCUUGUUAAAAUUGAGUGGUUAUUCAUCAAAUGAGAAAUCUCCACAGAAGGGCAGAGGCAGAGUAUGUUCAAAUUUAAAUGUGGAUGUUAAUAGUGCACACAAAUAUAUAAAAAUAAAUAUAUUUUGAUUAAAAUCCCAGGAAGUCUUGUUAGAGUCUUGGAUAGAGCAGCACAGGGAAGAUUAACUUUGCUAAAUAAGAAGGGCAAAUAGCUGCUGUGUGAAGUAUCCAUUUUAGCAGAGCAACUCUUCUCACAAAAUUGCUCUAGAAACCAAAAUCAAAGGAUAAUUAACCUAAAACAGGAGCCAAGAGUAACAUGCAGUAUCUGUUAGUCACACUAGAAGUGAAAGAAAAAAAAUCAAGGGCAGCAAGCAUCCUGGUUCCUAGUGACACUGGGAAUAAAACAGUGACUUCCCCAUUCUGCUUCCCUUGUCCAUAUCUGCAUCACUGCGAGAUGGGGACCCAGUGCCUUUCUUCACCUCAGAUAGGAAAGCGGCAGCAUUGCAAAACACUCUUUGCUGAGUUGUGAAGGUGUCUUAGGAGAGCACAGAGGACAGUACCAAUCGUAUGAUAUUUCAUGGGUGUCUGAGACACAUUUUUAAACUCAUUGUUCUUAGAAAGCCUUUAUAAAUUUUAAAAAGUACCAUUGUCAGCUCCUUCUUUUCUCCCUUUCCUAUCCCACCUCCUUUCAAUUUUAAAUGUUAUUUUGGCUGAAAAGCAGAGACUGCCUGAAUAGUCACUGGGCAGCUUCUGUACAAUUCAGUUUUUUACUGUCCUUUAAACAAACAGGUGUUUGGGGAAAAGCUCUCAAUAAUGGUUGCUGUUACAAGAUCAAUAAAGGUCUUGAUUAUAUUAAA